GGGGAGCUGAACUCACACCCUGAGCCUUUCAAUCCACCCUCCGGGUGCCCUGGAUGGAAAUCCAGCUUCUCAAGGGUUCUUUUCUCCUGCUGGGCUCCCUGGCCGGGCACAUCAGACUCAGACUCCUCCAGCCUGCCACACAUUCCCCAAACAGAAUAGCUGGGAUUCCUGCAUUCCCUCCCCCAAAAUGACCCCGCUGGACACGGAGCUGCAGUGACAUCAGCAGCUGGCUCCAGGGACAGGACCGGUCCCCACCUCAGCCCACAGGGAGCCCCACAAAGCCCAGGAGAGGCUCUGUUUUGGCCCCAGGAAUGAACACUUCCCUGGUGGAUUUGUUUUUUGCAGAAGUACCUGGGUGCUGGGGCAGCUCUGCAAGGCCUGGCUUAGGGAGGGAGCAUCCCACAUUCCCAGGGGUGCCCACUCAUGUGCAGCUCUUUCCUUAAAGCCCCAACUCCUGCAGUCACUCCAUCCCUGCAGGAGCUUGGCUUUUCCCAAAGACCUCGCUGCCGUGGGCAGUGAGGGAAGGAGUUCGGAAAGGAGCAGAGAGCAGAGCAAGCCCAAAGCCAGUCCCUUGUCACCAAGGAGAAGCGAUCAGCACUUGGGAAGGAAACAAAACACCCUCUGCCCAGGAGGGAGAUUUCCUCUCCCCAGCAGCCCUGGGACCCCAGCAGGGCUCUGGGCACCCGCAGGACACUGCCACCACCCCUGUGGCAGGGAGCAGGUGGCACCAGUCUUAUGGCAGAAUGUGGGGGACAGCGGGCUCGGGGGCACGGAGCAUCCGUCCCUACCAGUCCAGCGGGCAGUACCUGUACGCCAUGAAGGAGGACCUGGCAGAGUGGCUGAAGGAGCUCUACGACCUUGACAUCGAGGUGGGCACCUUCCUGGAGGUGCUGGAGACGGGGGCUGUGCUGUGCUCCCACGCCAACCACGUCACCCAGGUGGCCGCGGAGUUCGCCCGUGCCUGCCCCGAGGUGGCCCAGCGCCUCCACCUGCCCACGGCCGGCGUCCCCUGCAACCUCUCAGCACAGCCAGGCACCUUCCAGGCCAGGGACAACGUCUCCAACUUCAUCCAGUGGUGCAGGAAGGAGAUGGAUAUCAAAGAUGUCCUGAUGUUCGAGACAGAGGACCUGGUGCUGAGGAAGAACGAGAAGAACUUCGUGCUGUGCCUGCUGGAGCUGGCACGCCACGCUUCCCGCUUCGGGAUGCGCGCCCCGACCCUGGUGCAGAUGGAGGAGGAGAUCGAGGAGGAGCUUCGGCAGGAGCUGGACCUGCCUCCCCCAGAGCCCGCCCUGCCCCGGGCCCCCAGGAGAGCACGGGGCCUCAACAACCUCGACCAGAUGGUGCAGCACCUGGUGAGCCGCUGUACCUGCCCUGUGCAGUUCCCCAUGGUCAAGAUCUCCGAAGGCAAAUACCGAGUGGGGGACUCUGACACCCUCAUCUUCGUCCGGAUCCUGCGGGAGCACGUCAUGGUGCGGGUCGGGGGCGGCUGGGACACGCUGGAGCACUACCUGGACAAGCACGACCCGUGUCGCUGCACCUCGCUCUCUCACAAGCAAGCCUGGAAAGCCCGGAGCCCGCAGCAGCAAGUGCAGCACGAGGUGCGGCUGUACCCGGGCGCCCGCCCCCAGCCCGCGCUGCUGGUCAGCCGCUCCCAGAGCCCCCUGCCCCCCGUCUCCUGGGGGGCCCGGUGCCCUGCCACCCCCUCAACAGAGGGCUCGGCUCGCCAGCCGGGUGCCAGCCCUCACCCGGAGCCCCGGAGGGUCCCUUCGUGCAGGAUGCGGGAGCCCCGCGCUGUCCCUGCGGGGAGGCAGCCGCCACCACCCCGCUCACCGGCCCGGUGCAGCUCCCCUGGGCACGGGCCGAGGGGCCGGGCAGCCCCCCCCUCCCGGCUGAGCCUCCCGAACGGCGCGGGGGCCCCCGGGGCACCGCAAGGGACCGGCCCGGGGGAUUCCCGGAGCCCGGCGGCACCGGCGCGGGGCAGGCCCGCAGCACCCGGCCCGCGGCCGGCACCGGCACCUCCGAGAAGCACCCAGCAAGGGGGAAAGUCAUCUGGGCUGGCUGCCCGGCCACUGGAAACGGGGACACCCAGCACAGCCACACCCCGCGCCCCCAGCCCCUUAAAGGCCCGUGCCCCCAGUCCCCUAAAGCUCUGCGCCCCCUCCUCGCACCGGGAUGCUCCGGGAGACUCCCAGAGCCUGGAGACCCCACGGGAAGGGCAGCAGGGAGCCCUUGGCCGGGGCCGACAGCCCUCACCCCGAAAUUCCUGCAGCCGACCCCCGAAACCGGACAGCAGCGUUAAACCCCCCCCCAAAGCCGGCCCGGCCGCCCCCCGGCCCCCCACCCCUCCGGGCCGCUCUGCAGGGCGGUGCAAGCUCUGUGCUGCUGGGGACGGUCCCCAGGGGAGCCGGCAGUGCCCCCCAGCCCCGAGCCCGGGGGCUGUGGCUGCUGAGGGACCUCGGCAGGCAGAGCAUGAAGCCGGGGGAGCCUGUAGCCCUGGCGGUGGGGCCGGGGGGCUGCGGGGGUGCUGCGGGAUCACGCAGCCCCCCGGCUAUGGCAGGGUGCUGGAGGAGCUCUCCCGCGGGCCGCAGCCCCUGCGCCCUGCGGGGACGUGGAGCCAGGUCCCCAAGAGCCCCGCAGGAGCGGCCCCGCAGCUCCCGGCCCCGGGGGAGGCAGAGCGGCCGGGGCUGGGGGGCCAGACCCCGCGGGCCAAGCCCCGGCGCUGCCUCAAGAAGCCCGAGCGUGUGCCCUCCAUCUACAAGCUGAAGCUGCGGCCCAAGGUGCGCCCCCGGCGGGACCACCGGCCGGGCAAGCGGCCCUCCCGCAUCCCCACCCCGCUGGGGCAUCGCCCCGCUGCCCCCCGGGGCCAGCACCGACCCCCGGCGCCCGCCCGAGCCCCCCCGGCCCCGCCGCCCCUGCCUGACAGCGGCACCUGGCUGACCGAGGAUGAUGAGGAGUCGUGGGUGUGAGCCCAGCCCGAGAGCCUGCGGGGACGGACGGACAGGCGGACAGACCCCUCCCUCCACAGGCGGGAGCGGGGCUGGAGCUGCAGCGCCCCAGGUGUCCCCGGGCAGCCCGGGGGGCUCAGCUGCACCUCCUCCUUCCCAAUGGAUUUUUCUGUACUGUAAUCCUGCCAAGCAGGCGCUCUUGCCCUGGUUUGGGUGGAAAAACGCAGCCCCGAACUGGGAGAGUGGGGUGUUUUCUGCAGGAGGAAGGGUUUAGCCCCCCUGAAGAGGGGACAGCCCAUCCUUGACAUCCAUAAAAACAUCUCAUACCAAAAUGUUCCCCAUCUGCACCACGGGACCAGCGAGCUCGUGUUGACAGCUCCAAGAGCUUCCAUGAGUCACACGAGGGGACCUUUGCUGAGCCCUGUGGUGGCCGUGGUCCCCUCUGGGGUGCUGGCUGUCCCCGAGGGUCACUGCUGCACCCCGAGCCCCAGCAAUGCUGUUUGUGCAAUAGAGAUGUGCCACAGCUCCUCUAUUUCCACAUCUUCUCUGUGUGGGUGAGGAGGGAGAGAGGAAAAUCCUGAUGUGGGCACAGCAAACGUCCCUCUGAGAACCCCACAAUGCCCAGGAGAGUCUCCUUUUCCAGCACAGGAUGAAGUCAGCCCCACUUCCCUGCAGAGGAGCUGCAAAUGUGAGCGCUGGGAGUCGGGGAAUGCAGAACCUGCCAGCAAAAACACUCCUGAGGCUGGUACAGAACAAGGGGGACAGACCUGAUUUUUAAUUCAAUUUCAAAGAAGGAGGUGCAGGGCAUCACAGGCUGUGCAGACACCUCGGGAAUCUCCAACAAGGAGUCCAGGGGGGGAAGGGAAGCCAAGUCCAGGCAACUGGGAUGCUCGGUGGGGCAGGAGGAGGAGGAGGGGGAGAGGGCAGCAUCCUUGGUGGGGCCGAACCAAACCCAGGCACCACCUCCAUGAGCACGGGGACAGAGCCCUGGCACUGCCCUGGGCACAGCAGCGGGGACACCCCCGGCUGUGCCAGCCCAGGCUGCUCUCAGCAGGACCAGGGGGUGCUGGGUGAGUGGUAAAUCUGUGGUAAGGUGUGAGUAGGGCCGUGGGGUGCUCGUGGCUGCUGCCGUGUGCUCCAGCCCCUGCUCCUGGACACCUCGGAUCCUCCUGCCUGGGUUCCCUGCCUGCACCCAGGGUGCCACCACCACCAUCUACCCCUUCCUGGGCUCUUGGGAAAGUAGCUCUUUGUAGCCCUGGUUUGGUUUUCCCGGGAGCUGGGAAAUGCUGUCGAAGCAGUGAGAGUUGUUAUUAUUACUAAUAUAACUUCCUCUGUCUAUAAAGUACAAUAGAAUAUAACAAUUAUAUUUAUAACCUUUUUUUUCUUUUUUUUUCUUCAAAAUACUAAAUAGAUGCUAUAAAAACCUGUAACUAAUUGUGCUAUAAACUGCAGGCUACAGGGUUAUAACAAACAAUGUAUUGGCUUAGUCUUUGAUAUGUGUACGUCGGAGCACUUCAUAAAUGCUUUUUUAUUAGCAUUUACCAAGGAAUUUCCUUCUCAGACAAUUUGGAGGGAUAAAGCUCUAGCCAGAGAUCGAUAAGUGGACUUACAUGUGUUAAUAAAUCCUGACAGGAUGAGCUUGGACAGGGGAGCCAGGUUUGCCAUGAAGGCAGGGGAAGGUGACAAGUGCCACUGCCCUUCCUGGCUGAGAUGGACCCGUGUCCCCCCAUUGCCUUUCCUCAUUUUUUCCCUUUUUAAUUUUUUUUUUAAUUUUUUUUUUUUUAAUUUUGGAGCAAGGAGCUUGAUUCCCCAGGCAGGGAGGGGGGAGCAGGAUGCACCCCCAGCCCUGGCCCAGGGGUGGGAUGGUCAGAGGCACUGGAGCUCAGCUGGAGCUGCCUUUGAUGGGAAGCAAUUCCAGGAGCACAGUGGAGCUGCUGGGCCGUGGGCGCCUGGCUGUGCUGGCAGGGGGGGCUGGGUGUCCUCUUUGCUGCCCAGAGCAGAGCUGAACCCCUCCAGCUCCCUGUGACAGCAGCAAUCACGGAGAUGGUUUUGCUGGAGGAUGGAUCAGACACAGAUCCUGCCUCACGAGGUGAGGAUGGUGUUUCCCUGUGUCUCACAGGGACCAGCCAUGGAGAAUCCACACUCCUCUCAGCCUCUUCACCACCCCAUCAUCAUUUCCUAACAGGGGCUGCCCUUUGCCAACCCCCCCUGCAGGGCAGGAUGCAGGCGAGCUGCAGCUCUGCUGCAAGCACAAACCAGAAGAUUAAAAAAUAAUAAUAAUU